UCCACGACCAAACCCCUCCGAGUAUCACCCCGACGAAGAGGAGGAGAAGGAUUUUUAGGGUUUCGUAGAAGAGCACGGUGCACAAAAAUGGCAAUGCAGGUGGUGAUAGGGCUCUCGAGAGCCAUUUUCUUGGUCGGUGCAGGGCUUACUGGUUCGAUUUUGGUACGGGAUGGGAGGUUCUAUGAUAUACUGGCGGAGCUUCAGGACACGCUUAAGGGAGUGGAUAUCUCUGGAGAGGAAGCAACUGAUGCUGUUGAUCAAUUGGUUGAAAUUCUUGCUCCUCAGGUCCAUAAGUUGCUCUUGGAUGUCCAGCAAAUUCUUACCACGUAUUCUGUGACUGUUCUCAAUGGAAAUUCAAGCCAGACAGGAUUAACAACAUUUAUAUUACCGGCUGCCACCUUGGGAGGAUUAGGCUAUGGAUACAUGUGGUGGAAAGGUCUCUCUCUUUCCAACUUCAUGUAUGUCACCAAACAAAAUAUGGCAAAUACCAUUUCAAGCAUGACAAAGAAUUUGGAGCAAGUCUCUGCUUCUCUUUCUGGAGCUAAGAGGCAUCUGACUGAGCGAAUUAAUAGGUUGGAUGAUAAACUGGAGGAGCAAAAGCAGAUUACUGAAAGAAUAAACCAGGAGGUUACUGAUGCACGCAUGAAAACUCUGAGCGUAUGUUCAGAGAUAAAGGCCAUCACUCAACUAGUUCAGAAUCUGGAUGAUAAGCUUAAUGUGAUGGAAGAGAAACAGAAUUGUUCCUUGGCUGGUGUGAUGUAUCUGUUACAGUUUGUUGGGAGAAAUGGUGGAAAAAAGCCUGAUUUUCUGCAGGAUGUCUCCAAAGUUUUUGGUAAGAGGCACAUUGGUUUUGAAGACUCUGGAAGUUUGAAGGGUCUGCUGCACCUAGUGGAUUCAGAAGAAUUGGGGAAUGUUACAAGGCCAGAAUCAGGAAAUGUUGCAACUCCGGCGCCGAUCCCAUCUUGCUAAAUGAUAUUGAUUCGGCACGUUUCGUUUAUUCAGGUUUUGAACCAAUCCUCUUGCCUGAUGGGAUAAUUUUUUGGUUCACCAAUCAUAGAACUUGACAUGGUACAAAAAAAACAACUAGCGUAGAGUUUGAUCUUCUAACUUUGUGUCUACUUUUAAUUGACGCUGCUAGGUAGCCGUUCAUACCUCUUUCUUCUUUUAAUAGGUAUGCAUUCAUGAAGUGUAUAUAGGCAUGUAGGCUCGGAUUGUCAAAGCAGAGCAAUUUGUUAGGUGGCUACUUAGCUAGGUAGUUGAUUUUCUUCACGCUAGUUAUUUUCUAAAAUUUGUCUGGGAACAAUCUGGAAUUUAUGAAU